UAUAUUUCAUAUGUCGCCGUAGCUGUUGAUGCCUCAUUCCCUCUUUAUCUCUAACCCCAUAUGCAAAGCCAAGGGGGCUAAGAAACGGUGAAGAAUCUCACACUGGAAAAAUCUAAAUCUAUUGUAGAAUGAGAACGAGAAGAGGUCUGUGUUAUCCGAAGGCGGCAGAUUUCUGUGUGGACGAUAGAUUGCUCAAGAGAAGGAAAGUGGAGGCUGCUGCCGGAGUGCAAGUUGAAGGCCGGAAAAGGUCGCCGGAGUCGGGGGGACGACCUGAUUUUUUUGAUUCUCUGCCGGAUGAUCUAGUGCUGUCUGUUCUCUGCAAACUCAGCUCUACCGCUGGAUGCCCAGCUGAUUUCCUCAAUGUUCUCAUAACAUGCAAAAGACUGAAUGGAUUAGGCCUAAACUCGAUCGUGCUGUCGAAAGCAUGCCGGAAAAUGCUGGCGGUGAAGGCGAAAAACUGGUCGGAAUCGACUCACCGGUUUCUCAAACUCUGCGCCGAUACCGGAAAUGCAGAAGCCUGCUACACCCUAGGCAUGAUUCGGUUCUACUGCUUGCAAAACCGAGGCAGCGGCGCGUCUCUCAUGGCGAAGGCGGCGAUCGCCUCCCACGCGCCGGCGCUCUACUCCCUCGCCGUCGUCCAGUUCAACGGCAGCGGCGGCACCAAGAGCGACAAGGACCUUCGUGCCGGCGUCGCGUUGUGCGCACGCGCCGCCUUCCUCGGCCACAUCGACGCUCUCCGCGAGCUCGGCCACUGCCUCCAGGACGGCUACGGCGUGAAGAAGAACAUAGCAGAAGGCCGCCGCUUCCUUAUCCAGGCCAACGCGCGCGAGCUCGCCGCCGUCCUGGUGGCGUCCCCGACGGCGGUGGUGCCGCCGUCGUGGCUGGCCUGGAGCCCCCACCGGCACGGAGGCGAGGGCGGCUGCCCGCUGCUGAGCGAUUUCGGGUGCAAUGUGCCGUCUCCGGCGCCCCACCCGGCGAACCAGUUUUUGUCCGAGUGGUUCUCGAACCGGAUCGGAAAUGUUCCCGGUCCGGGUCUCCGGCUCUGCUCGCACUCGAGCUGCGGCAGACCGGAGACACGUAGGCACGAGUUUCGUCGGUGCUCGGUGUGCGGAGCAGUGAAUUAUUGCUCACGUGCUUGUCAGGCACUGGAUUGGAAACUGCGCCAUAAGGUGGAGUGCGCACCCGUGGAGAGAUGGGCCGACGACGACGGCGACGUUAACGUCGGUCUUAACGGCGACGCGAUGGAGGAGGACCGUUGACGUCGAGGGACUGUGAAUGUGACGGUGACGGCACGGGAGUCUUUUUUGAACGGAAGGUAUAGUUUUGGGGAGGAAAAUACAAUUUAGGAAGGAUCCAAAUUUUGUUGGGGUGGAAAUUGAAUUAAUAUAAAAUUGUUGACGGUCAUUUAAUUGUACAGUGCCGCGGAUGUAAAGUUGGACGUUUAUUUAGAGCGACAUUUUCUCUAUCGUCUCUCUGCAAAAUGUAAUGCUAGUUUAUUUGAGAAAUAUUUAUUAAUUGAAAGGAUUUCUAAUAA